AACGACAGCGGCCGCAUCCACAGGCUCACCCAGCAUAGAAAGCAAUGCCAUAUCCAGCAACGGCCGACCCGGGUGAGGGCGAGUCAUCCACCCUCGCCCCCGUCUUUCCCUCUGCCAAUGCCUAUCGAUCGCCUCAAGAGGAUCAGCAGGCAGCCGCUGGCCCUUCGCGCCCCUCGUCAUCACCGUCAUCACCAUCACUUCUCCCACCCAAUCGCUCUCGCCCCCUUUCGACUGAAGAGCUGCGCCGACGAGCGACUGAGGACAACGAUGCAGGCGCGGCCGUCGACCUGAGGAUACGGCAGGAUGCCAUCGUGGGCCAAUCGAGCGCGGAUGCCUCUUCCUCAUCGGCACCAAAGCAACGCCUUGUCCCACCAAAAGGCUGGCUCCACUUUGUCGCAGGAGGUAUAGGAGGCAUGUGUGGCGCAAUCAUUACCUCACCGCUAGAUGUUGUCAAGACGCGCCUGCAAUCCGACCUGUACAAGGAGGCGGCAGCUGCACGCAGUAACGCUGCUGCUCCGACAUCGUCUUCCUUCCUAGCGACAGGCCGCCGCCUUGCCUACCACUUCGUCGAGACUGGUCAUCUCUUGCACGAGAUCUCCACAAAAGAAGGUCCUCGCGCCCUCUUCAAGGGCCUCGCCCCGACACUAGUCGGCGUGGUACCUGCGAGGAGCAUCAAUUUCUUUACGUACGGCAAUGGGAAGCUCUUCUUCGCUGAGCAGCUGAACGGCGGUAAAGAGGCGGCUUGGGUUCAUCUCCUCGCUGCGGCUAGCGCUGGCGUGGUGACAGCUACGGCCACGAAUCCCAUAUGGGUCGUCAAGACGAGGUUGCAAUUAGAAGGGCAGAGGGCAAAUAAGAGGGAAAGGGAGGAGAGGAGGAGAGCUGUCGGUGUGCAGGGAGGCAGAGCAUCGUCAACAUCACCCCUCGUUGAGGCAGCCAGAAAAGCUUACUCGACCAGCUCGUCCUCAAUACGCUCCUCAACCUCGCCCAUCUCCUUCCAACCAGCACGUUCCCCUCCACGCCCGGGCACCUCCUCUCUAGAAAUGGUAGCGCGCAUUGUCCGCACUGAAGGUGUCACAGGGCUAUACAAGGGAAUGUCAGCGUCCUAUCUAGGGGUAGCAGAGGGGACGAUUCAGUGGGUCCUCUACGAGUACCUGAAGCGCCUCUCGGGUGAAGGAGCUGCUGUCGGUGGGGCUGGCAAGACCGUCGAAGGAGGCAAGAAGAGUGGCGGCCUGGCAGGGACUAUCGGGUCGGCAGGAGCGGCCAAGCUUACCGCAUCGUUGAUCACGUACCCGCACGAGGUGGUGAGGACACGACUGAGGCAAGAUACGAUGGUGCGUGAGGGACCUGGUGGAUCGCUCAUUCCAAAAUACCGAGGACUGCUGCAGACAUUCCUCCUCGUCUUGAGAGAGGAGGGGGCUGCGAGCUUGUACGGCGGGCUGAGUGCUCACUUGCUCAGAGUGGUACCCAACGCGGCCGUCAUGUUUAGUAUUUACGAGCUGGCGCUGCGCUUCGGCAGUACGAAGGUAGAGGUCAAGGAGGAGGACGAGCAGGCGCCGCAGACAAGGAGACAGGCGUAGAUGAGCGUCGAGUUUUGUUGUGCACUACUAAUCACCACUACCUGUCACCGAGCACGAGAGGCGAAGCGUCUUGAGAGUCCGUAUGCAUUGAGAAGUGCAAAAUGAGAAGAGUCGAAUAGAGUCAAAAUACAGGGACGAGAACACAUGACAACCACGAUAUACUCUUCGACCCGCUCUACCUUACACCGCAGCUAGCAACGCUUCCACGGCCACAGCCAACGUC